GUUGCCUGCCCAGCCGGCAGCAGGCCCCAAGGCAGCAUGGCUGUUCUUGGCGUCACCAUCGCCCUGUUGGGGUGGGUGGUUGUCCUCCUGCUUGUCUCUGUCUGGAAGCAGAUCCACAGCAGCUGGAACCUGCCCCCAGGGCCUUUCCCACUCCCCAUCAUUGGGAAUCUCCUGCAGUUGGAUCUGAAGGACAUUCCCAAGUCCCUCGGCAGGCUGGCUGAGCGCUAUGGGCCAGUGUUCACUGUGUACCUGGGCUCAAGGCGAGUGGUGGUCCUGCAUGGCUACAAGGCGGUGAAGGAGGUGCUGCUGAACCACAAGAAUGAGUUCUCGGGGCGCGGCGAAAUCCCGGCCUUCACAGAGCACAAGGACAUGGGGAUUAUCUUCAACAAUGGACCCACCUGGAAGGACACCAGGCGGUUCUCCCUGACCACCCUCCGGGACUACGGAAUGGGGAAACAGCGCAAUGAGGACCGGAUCCAGAAGGAAGCUGGCUUCCUGGUGCAGGAGCUGAGGAAGACGCAGGGUCAGCCCUUCGACCCCACCUACAUUGUGGGCUGUGCGCCCUUCAAUGUCAUCUCGGACAUCCUUUUCAAUUAUCGCUUUGACUACCAGGACAAGCAGGCGCUGCGGCUAAUGAGCUUGUUCAACGAGAACUUCUACCUGCUCAGCACGCCCUGGCUCCAGGUUUAUAAUAACUUUUCAAAAUAUGUGCACUACCUGCCUGGAAGCCACAGGAAGCUGAUGAAAAAUGUGUCUGAGAUAAGACAGUACACGUUGGCCAGAGUAAAGGAGCACCAGAAGUCGCUGGACCCCAACUGCCCCCGGGACUUCCUCGACUGUCUGCUCAUGGAGAUGGAGAAGGACAAGCACAGCACAGAGCCCUUGUACACAACAGAGAAUAUUUCUGUGACUGCGGCUGACCUAUUCUUUGCGGGCACGGAGACCACCAGCACCACCCUGCGCUAUGGGCUCCUGAUCUUGCUGAAGCACCCAGAGGUUGAAGAAAAGCUUCAUGAAGAAAUCGACAGGGUGGUUGGGCCGAGCCGGUUGCCUUCUGUCAAGGACCGGCUGCAGAUGCCCUAUACGGACGCUGUUGUGCAUGAGAUCCAGCGAUUCAUCGACCUUGUGCCCUCCAACCUGCCACACCAGGCCAACCGGGACACCACCUUCAGAGGCUACGUCAUCCCCAAGGGGACAGUUCUAAUUCCAACUCUGGAUUCCCUUUUAUAUGACAAAGAGGAAUUCCCUGAACCAGACAAGUUCAAACCAGAGCACUUUCUGAAUGAGGAGGGGAAGUUCAAGUAUAGUGACUAUUUCAAGCCAUUUUCUGCAGGGAAACGAGUGUGCGUUGGGGAGGGCUUGGCCCGCAUGGAGUUAUUUCUGCUCCUCUCCGCCAUCCUGCAGCACUUCAACCUGAAGUCUGUGGUGGACCCCAAGGACCUGGACCUCAGUAACACUGCAAUCGGCUUUGGCCGCGUCCCUCCUCACUACAAGCUCUGUCUCAUCCCCCGCUCUCAGGGGUAGCACCCUCCCCACUUCCCCAGCAUCUUUGUGUACAGCGUAGUGUAGUCUCUGAGGGGUCAGGCAUGGGAAAACACAGCCUAAGGUUUUCACAAAUACAUUGUGUGAAACUCUGGAUCGGUUUAAAUCUCCUAGAAACAGUGAAGAACUCAUUCUGAAAUUGAAAUAACUUCUGAAAACAUGCAGUGAUGCAGCCAUCAGACACAGCACCAACUGCAAGGAGCAGGGGCAGUGCUUCGCUGAGUUAAACAGAAUAAUGCAGUUUAGCCUUGGGGUGAGUUCCCUCGGCUGCACAGUGACCAUGGCCAUAGACAUUGCAGUUGGUCUGAACGUCAACAUCUGCGCUGAUCUCUUAAUACUAGAACUUAACUUUGUGUCUGGAAGGAGAGGGACCCUAGUGUGCUGUGAAACAAGAAUGAGGAAAGCACAGAAAGUUCCCAGUGAGCUAAACAUCAGUGUUGUAGAUAGGGGCUCAUAAUGUGUCUCCUGCUCUGACUUGGCUAAAACGCAGUUGUGGACUCCCCAGAUGCUGCCCCCAACCCCAAUGUCUCAGCCCCCCAGCUCUCCUCAGAUCACAGAGACACUGCUGCUUCCUCCAUUGUGUCUGCACGAGGCCAAGGGGGUCAGGUCGACAAACCCUUCCUGGCACACCACACAUUCUCUGUAAAGUUCUCUUUAAUAAAGUGAGUGACAGCACA